AUGAAGAGCAUGCGGUCCCUUCCCGCACGCCAUGCUCUCGAGCAACUCUUCCAAACACGUCCUGUCUUACCCUUACAAGGGCGACAAGCCUUUAAUCAAGCUCUUCUCCGCGCUACGAGUCCGUCACAUCAGACGGCCUCCUUCCGGACGCGGGCGGGACGAGUGUCCCAGCCCAGUCUUACGACGCGGACGACGACUCGAACCAUCCACUCCCAACGCCUUCCCAACAACCCACUUCGCUCCCCGAACAGACCGUCUCCUUCUUCCUCUCCUUCUCGCUCUACGAAUCCGUUUCUCCAGUCGUUCCGCCGUCGCGGUGGCCGACGGUCCAACUCGUCCAGCUCGUCCGGCAGCGCCUCGGGCCCCCAGGAAAAGCUGAGUCUCUCGCAGCGGCUGAAGAAAUUGUCGCGCGAAUACGGCUGGUCCGCGUUGGGCGUGUACCUGCUACUUACGGCGCUCGAUUUUCCCUUCUGUUUCCUCGCUGUGCGGCUGUUGGGCACAGACCGCAUCGGACACUGGGAGCAUGUCGUGGUAUCGUAUGUCAAGGGUUUGAUCAACUGGCCCGCGACGACUACGGCGGCCGUUGCGGAGGACGUCGACAGUGCCGUUGGGACGGCCGAAAAGCCUGGGAACGCCGAUGUCGUCGCGAGCAAGAGGAUCUUGGACGAACAGAGUCACGAACAAUACGUCAAGGAAAAUGCAGACACCGUCAGCGACCACGGCUACAAGGAGGCAGAAAAGGCCAAUUCGGGCGCCAAUGCAAGUAUAUGGACGCAACUGGCUCUCGCGUAUGCCAUUCACAAAUCCUUCAUCUUCGUCCGCGUCCCUCUCACCGCGGCCGUGACGCCGAAAGUGGUCAAAACAUUGAGGUCUUGGGGCUGGAAUAUCGGCAAGGUCCCGAAGAGCAGCAGUGCCGGCGCCAGUGCCGGCGCCAGCUCCAACACCAGCAGUUCCGUAGCUGCCACCCAAGCCGGCAAGACGGGGGUCAAUACGCGAGGUUCGAAAGUGAGGCCGGAAGAUUGA